AUGAUAUUUUAUACAGGUGGACGAAAGUAAAUCGGGGCCGAGGAAUCUGAAUCUGAAGUCAGUUUUAGAAAAUUUUGAAUUGAAUUUUUUCGACAAAGGAAAGGUUUUUUAGGAAAAUAAUGAUACCUUAUGAAGGUUGACGAAAAGUAAGUCAAGGUCAAAGAAUCCAAAUCUGCAAUCAAAUCCUUGAACUUUUCAAUUUUCUCUUCCGAAGACUAAACCGCUCCUUGAAAGCCGUCUUUUUUUCUAGAAAACUUUAUCCCUGAAAAACAUCAUAUGUGAAGAACUAAAACUCAAAAUUUUCAAAAGCCGACUUCAGAUUCGGAUACUUCGACCCCGAUUUACUUUCGUCAACCUUUAUAAAACAUCAUUAUUUUUCUAAAAAAACCUAUCCUUUGUCGGAAAAAUUUAAUUCGAAAUUUUCAAAAACCGACUUCAGAUUCAGAUUCCUCGACGCCGAUUUACUUUCGUCCACCUUUAUAAAAUAUCAUUAUUUUUCUCAAAAACCCUUUCUUUUGUCGAAAAAAUUUAAUUCAAAAUUUUCAAAAACUGACUCCAGAUUCGGGUUUCUCGACGCCGAUUUACUUUCGUCCACCUUUAUAAAAUAUCGUUAUUUUCUUAAAAAAUGCCGUUUUUGUUGACAAUGGAUUUGAACCGAUAACUAUCUAUGGUUAUCGUACUUGGACCGGUAACCGUACCUACGGUUAACCGGUGAAUGAUGGUCACCGUUGCAUCCCUAGUAACACGAGUCAAUAGUAGACUUGAAAUAGCUAGAAAGAUCCGAUACGUAGUUAUGACAUAGCCUGAGAGUGCAAGGAGUGCGCGGGAGUGCGAUAUUUUCGUUUUUUUCCCCCUUGGUAUCCCUAGAGUAUAGCCCUUGAGAACGUGUAGGUAUCCCCAGUAUAUGGCAAUUGAGGAUCUAAUAGUAAUCCAGACUAUAACCCUUGAGGGCUUAACAGUAUCCAUAGAAUACAGCAUUGGAGGACCUAAGGGUACUACAGAAUAUAGUCCUUGAGAACCUAAAGGUACCCAAAUAUAUAGUACUUGAGCAUCUAAAGGUACCCCUAGAAUAUGGUUCUUAAGGAGCUGAGGGUAUCCCCAGCAUAUGGCACUUGAGGACCCACGGCU